GAAUAGGUUAGUAUCCUAAUUUUAUUAUGUAGCGUCAUAUUAUGACUAUAAUCCGAAAUAUUUUUCACGGUUUUUUACGUGCCAUGUCGAGUAAUUCCAAAAUACCAAUAGCUCCGGUAGGUGUUCGGGGUAUGCGUGAUUUAGAUCGCACAAAAUUCUCAUUAAAUGUAAUUCUACCAGUACUGAAAGUACGUGAGGAAAAGUUAUCUAAAAUAAGCAACAUACUCAAGCAAUACUUUCUAAAAUUAGAGAAUUUCAAGCCUGUUCAAGCCCAAGAUGCUGUCACUAAAUGUGUAUAUUUCAAUCCGGAAAAAAUAACACAAUGGAAUGAAUUCUCCGAAAAAGACAAGUCCAUUUUUCAAGAACAUAAUAUUGAUCAUACAAGUUUUAGUUUGCAAAGUGUACAACUUUCAUACGACAACUUUAAGAUAGAUACAAUUUUCAAAGCAGUUCUCCCAGAGAAUGAAGAGACAGUAAGUGGCUUCUCACAGAUUGGGCAUAUCAUUCACUUAAAUUUAAGAGAACAUUUACAUGAAUAUCGCCAUCUCAUAGGUCAAGUAUUACUAGACAAGAUUAAAACAUGUAAAACAGUUGUAAAUAAAAGUAACAUUAUUGAUAAUACUUACCGUAACUUCAAGAUGGAAGUGGUCGCUGGCACUGAAGAUUAUUUUGUUACAGUUAAAGAAAACCGGUGCAAUUUUCAGUUUGACUUUUCUAAAGUUUACUGGAACCCUCGGUUAGGAAAAGAACAUGAAAGGAUUUUAAGCUUUUUAAAUCCCAAUGAUGUAUUAUUUGAUGUGUUUUGUGGUGUUGGUCCAUUUGCGGUACCGGCAGCUAGACGCAAGUGUACAGUUUUUGCUAAUGAUCUGAACCCUGACUCCUUCAAGUGGCUCAAUCACAAUGCAAAACACAAUAAGGUGAACAUGAAUAUUUUCAGAUCAUACAAUCUUGAUGGAAAAGACUUUAUAUGUGAUAUUUUUCAGAAAUUUGUCUCAAACAUUUGUGAUGGAACUGAGAAAUUAAAAGAAGGAGCCAAAAUUCAUGUUACAAUGAAUUUACCAGCAAUGGCUGUGGAAUUUCUAAAACAUUUUAAUGGACUGCUCAGAAAUAAAGAAAACACUGUGCAUGUUGAAAUAAUUGCUUAUGUCUAUUGUUUCGCAAUUGGUGAUGAUCCAGCUAGUGUAGCUAAGAAAAUGGUGUCAGAUAAUAUAGGCAGAGAUAUAUCUACCUCUAUACUUGAUGUGUUUAAUGUUAGAAAUGUAUCUCCAAAGAAGGAAAUGAUGCGCGCUACAAUCAGACUCAAUGAUGUUAUAUUCAAUGAAUUGCAAGAGCCUCCUACAAAGAAGGUGUGUGUGUGAUUUAUUAUAAGAGUGAUUUAAAAUAAUGAAAAAAAAAACAUUUAAUUUACCAUGUUUAUGUUUUAACAUUCAAUGUUAACUUCAAUUUUUUAUAAUGUAGUUUAUAUAAGUUUUAUUUUUAAUAAAUUUAUUAAUUUAAAAUUGUCA